GUCGACUACAUGUCCGGACGAUUGGUCGGCGUAAUGAUUGCGCUAUUCUGUCUGCUGCUCGUUCUCGGCUUAGGUCAUUGCGAUGAACUUCCGUCAAGAUACGAGGUCGAGAACUCGAUCAACCGAACGGUCGACGAGGUCGAAAGAUUGAUUCAGAAAGAUCCGAGCCUGCCGCGGCUCAGCAGGCAUGAGAUCGUCGAUAUUCUCUUUAACAUCACGUCCAAGGAUGUCGAGGCGUACCGAAAUAAGGAGACGGUCGAGCAAGCGAGGAAAAUCUACCAGAAAGCAUUAAUGGUGGUCUUGCCUUAUAACGCCGGAGACGCAAAGGGGAACAUCAAGGAAUUGUACACGAGGCCGCCGAUAGUUAAACUAGUCACGGAUUCUUCCUUCAGUUUACAGGACCUCGAGAAAUGGAAAAGCGAGAUACUGCUGCAGUCAUCGUCAUCCACGUCCACGUCCACGUCCGCGAGUACGUCGACUACGACUACGACUACGACGUCGACGCCGGCUACGACUACGACGUCAGCGUCGGCGUCGACGUCCACGUCCACGUCCACGUCGACGCAGGAGACGUUACGCAAUAAACAGCCUCUGGACAACCUUGUGGUGACGCAUGCGGCGGAAAAGACCUCUCCGAAGGAGAGCCCGCACACGAAAACGCGGUACAAGAACCACAAGGAUACGUACUCGGAAGUGCAGACGAAGCUACCGCUGAAGGAAACCCUCAAGUACGAUUCGUCGCCGAUCAAAUUCACCUUCAAUCUUGAGAAUCUGCAGAAGCAGGUUGUGAGGAAACCGAUAACGACGACGAAACAACCGGUCUUCCAGACGUCCCCCUCGAGCAAGGACGAGGACAUUUUCAUCGUGUACAGUACGAGCGCGACCGAGCGAACAAUCGUAGAGACGAGUAUGCGAGGUGUGUCGAGAGAGUUCGAUCUGCAAACAACGACCCGGCCCAACGGCUUCCAGCAGAAUAUCCUGUCUUCCGAUCAAUGGCGUUAUAACGCACCACCGAGCACAACUACUCAGAAAAGCACGACGACGUCGAGAGCCGCGUACUUCGAAAGGACUCGUGAAAAACCGUCGUUUCUACCGACAGUCAAGAUAUCAUCGGAAGACGCCGCGACGACGACGAGCACAGCUGAGGACGCCGCGAAACUGUCCAAGGUAACUUCUGGCAGAACACCAAUGGCGGACAGCGAGCAACUGACGACUUCCAUCUACGUGACACCUGUCUCAACCUUCACUUCUUCCUCGUAUCCUCCUUCUUCCAUCUCGGAGAAAUCCAAAUACAACUCUACCUACAACUUCAACUCUGGAGGAUUCCGCAGGAUCACAACGACGACCAGUACGACAAUGCGGCCGGAGGUGAUGGACCUACUCGCGUCGAUCGGACUUCGGCCGGAAAACACUACAAACGUGGAGGAGGUGUUUGGGAAGAACCAGGAAAGUCUCGAAGCCAAGUUCCAGAUUCCCGGCACUAACGGCUUCUUCCACACCACGGCUUCCGGCCUGACGGCCGUGGUGCCCGACUCGCCGUCGAUAGCCGCCCAGAACACCUUCGAGAACCCGGUCUCGGAGAUCGGGUUGGGAAUGAACAACCUGACACCCGACGUACAGUUGCUGUUUCAACGAUUCGGCCUAUACACAUCAAACUCGGCGGCAACGACCACGACGACCACGCCGAAACCGACCGUGAACACCAACUCCUACACCAACUUCAAACCCCUGCCAACGUCCAAGAUCAAGGACGAGGAAAUGAAAGAGUUCCUGGCCAGGUUCGGUCUUGGUGUCGAUAAGCGACAGCGCAAAGCCAUGCCGACGGCCACGUCGACGGAACGGCCGUCGUUGAUCGAGGCCGUUCCGAGCAACAUGAGACAAAUCUUGGAGAACAUCGGCCUCAUUUCACGCAGGACACCGAAGACAACGACGCCAAAGAUGGAGGAGUUGGAGCCUCCGAAAACGACUCCGUACCACGUGUUCAAGCCGCACGAGGUGCAACUGAAGGACGAAGGGCAGAAGAUGAAGAUCAACGAGCUGCUGGACACAGUCAGAUUGGUGCAGGAGGGGAAAGCGAGCGUCAAGGACGUACGAAAGGUAGCCAACGACUUGCUAGCAACUACGAAGAGCCUCAAGGACGGCCCGGAUCCGCUGAGUCUCGAGGAGAUUGUUAGGAUCUACAACGAAGACGUGAAGAACGAAGUGAAGAGGCAACAGAGCCCGGAUAGACCCGGCGACAGCGCGAGCACUGCUGCACCAACGACGUCAACGACGCCCGCUACUACCGAGCCUAUAGACGUUCCCACGACAACGACCCCGACGACGACUACGACAACUACCCCGACGACGACCACGACGACGAUAACCCCGAGCACCGCAGAUUCCGCAAAGGACGCCUCGGACAUAUCGGACGCGCUCACGCCGUUGCCAGAGUCGACGUCGGCAGCUGCGAAUCUCGCGGCGCUGGAGGAAUCCUUCGGCGGUACUACACGCGCGCCCGAUCCCGUUUUACCGACCAAGCCAAGAAGCGGCCUCUACUUCCUGGUGGACUGGAACAGCUUUCUCGAGGUCGGCGAGGACAACAGCGAGAAGGUGAACCUGAGAUUCGAGCCGAAAGCCGGCAACAAGGCGAGGUUCUUGCCGGUCACCGUGCCGUAACUUUUCGCGCCGAACUACUCGACGCAAUCCUAACAUCUUUCUUCUC